AUGAGUUCCCUGGAAGAAUUCUUCCAGCUCCCUUUGGACGCCAAGCUAAGAAUCCACCGGCACCCCGGGAGCUUUUGGGGCUACACCGUAGCGCAUCUCGACCGCACUUCCUCAAAGUUGCCUUGGAGGGAAAUGCGGUCCCUCGGCAACAACAGUGUUGCAUCUGAGAAUGGCAUCGUCGACUACUUCAAGUCCGUCUCUGGGAAGGAUUUCGAGCCGAUGGGAUGGGUCUACGACAGAUAUUUUAGAGAAGUGAAGGAGUUGUCUCUAAAGAUCUUGGAGCUUUUGGCGAUCGGUUUGGGUUCGGAUCGAGAGUAUUUUCAAGAAUUCUUCAAGUACGGAGAAUUGAACAUGAGAUGUAUCAGCUAUCCGCCAUGCCAAAAGCCCGAGGAGGUGCUGGGGAUCGGGCCACACUGCGACCCGUCAGCGCUGACAGUGCUACAACAAGACCAAGUGGAAGGGUUUGAGGUGUUUGUGGAGGGGAAAUGGCAGCGAAUUUCCCCGCGGCCUGAAGCACUGGUAAUCAACAUUGGAGAAAUAUUCAUGGUCGUGUCUACAUGUCCAAAUGUCAUUGGCUCUGUAUCCUUCAUGCGGAUAACAGUGAAGUGGUGUGAUCUGGAAGCAGCUAUGCGGACAAGAACACGAGUAUCAGCCACUGACAUCCGCACACAUGCUGCCAAGAAGAAGGCAGUAACUGAAGUUGGAUCUUCCCGACCACCGAAGAAGAGUCGGAUCACUACUCCAUCGGUACCGACAAGGGAAACCAAUAUUCCGUCAGAGAUAGUUCUCAAGCCAGUCCUGGCGUUGUCAGUCCCGACAAUGCUUCUUCCGACUGAAGCGCCGUCUGCUGAAGUUGGGAUGGCGAGAGACGACGGAGCUGUGGUAGAACUAUCGGCGGCUCCAUCAGUGGGGGUUUAG